UCUGUCUCUUUGGCGGUCGCCACCCGGCAACAGGACAGAGCGAAUACGGGGGAAGUGUCUGGAAACUUGAAGGAAAUUUAACGAUUAAACGUUUUAUCGGCGGUGAUAUCGUGCGAUGAAUGGUAGUCUAUAAAGUAUGGCAGUCAAUUUUGGGAAAGUCCAGAUCGGGAUUUAUGUCGAAAUCAAACGGAGUGAUGGACGGAUACACGAGGCAAUGGUGACAUCGUUAAAUGAUGAUAAUGAAAGUGCUACUGUGGAGUGGAUUGAAAAUGGGGAUACAAAAGGAAAGGAGAUUGAUCUUGAAAGUGUUUUUGCACUUAACCCAGACCUUGCACCGGAUGAAGAAAUUGAGCCAAGCCCUGAAACACCACCACCUCCAACACCUACCAUCAAAACUAAUAAGAUAGUGAAGAAUCGCCGGACUGUAGCUGCUAAGAAUGAAACUCCUGCCAAGGAUAACAGAGUGGCAUCAACAAGAUCAAGACCCAGCCAGCUUCCAGAACAUUCAUCAGCUACUCAUCAGAAUGGAAGUGUUACAGAUAUCUCUCCAGCCCAAUCGGGAAAAAAAGAUUUUGCACCACCUUCCCGCAGAAAAUCAAAUUGCGUUAAAGAAGUUGAAAAACUUCAGGAAAAACGUGAAAAGCGGCGAAUACAGCAGCAAGAGAUGAGAGAGAAAAGAGCUCAGGAUGUUGAUUCUACAAAUCCAAACUGGGAAAUUAUGUGCAUGAUAAGAGAAUUUAGAUCAAGUCUUGACUACCGACCACUUACGGCUGCUGAUCCAAUUGAUGAACAAAGGAUAUGUGUAUGCGUAAGGAAACGACCACUAAACAAGAAAGAAAAUGCAAUAAGAGAUCUGGAUGUAAUUACAAUUCCCAGUAAGGAUGUCGUAAUGGUUCAUGAACCAAAACAAAAGGUGGAUUUAACAAAGUACUUAGAAAAUCAAACUUUCCGUUUUGAUUAUGCCUUUGAUGAGACUGCUACUAAUGAAAUGGUUUACAGGUUUACAGCUAGACCUCUGGUAGAAACAAUAUUUGAUAGAGGAAUGGCAACUUGCUUUGCUUAUGGUCAGACUGGAAGUGGAAAGACACAUACUAUGGGUGGUGACUUCACUGGAAAAAAUCAGGAUUGUUCUAAGGGAAUUUAUGCAUUAGCAGCCCGGGAUGUUUUUCUAAUGUUAAAGAAACCAAAUUACAGAAAAAUAGAACUCCAAGUGUUUGCAACAUUUUUUGAAAUUUACAGUGGCAAGGUAUUCGACUUACUUAAUAGAAAAGCUAAGCUAAGAGUGCUGGAAGAUGGUAAGCAACAGGUUCAGGUAGUGGGACUUUCAGAGCGAGAUGUUAAAUGUACAGAAGAUGUAUUGAAACUAAUUGAAGCUGGUAAUAGCUGCAGAACAUCUGGUCAGACUUCUGCAAAUGCUCACUCUUCAAGAAGCCAUGCAGUUUUCCAGAUAAUUCUUCGCAGAAAAGGGAAAAUGCAUGGAAAAUUUUCUUUAAUAGACCUGGCUGGAAAUGAAAGGGGUGCAGACACCUCCAGUGCAGAUCGACAGACGCGACUUGAAGGGGCUGAAAUUAACAAGAGUCUUUUAGCACUCAAGGAAUGUAUCCGAGCCUUGGGUCGAAACAAACCUCACACCCCAUUCAGAGCUAGUAAACUUACUCAAGUGCUUAGAGAUUCUUUUAUAGGAGAGAACUCCAGAACUUGCAUGAUUGCUACUAUCUCUCCAGGGAUGGGUUCUUGUGAGAAUACACUAAAUACACUUAGAUAUGCAAACAGAGUAAAGGAAUUUGGAAUAAGUCCCUCGGAUAUUCCCUUUCAGCAAGGUGGUGGGAGCCGAUCUGACCUCUCUCCUACCUACCUCGACUAUGAUGACUUCCCUCCUUCACCUACCAGAGUGAAAGAAUUAGUUGUGGAUCAAAAUGGUCCAGGAGAAGGGCGGGUCAAUAUCCUUGUACCAAGUCAGCUUGAUGCACUAGAAGCACAGUGGGGACUUGGAAGCUCUCCUCAACGAGAUGAUCUGAAACUGCUAUGUGAACAAAACGAGGAGGAAGUUUCACCUCAGCUGUUUACUUUCCAUGAGGCAGUGUCUCAGAUGGUGGAAAUGGAGGAACAGGUUGUGGAAGAGCACAGGGCAAUAUUUCAGGAGUCAAUUCGAUGGCUGGAGGAUGAAAAAGCACUUUUGGAGAUGACUGAAGAGGUGGAUUAUGAUGUGGAUGCAUACUCCACACAGUUAGAGUCAAUUUUAGAUCAGAAGAUUGAAAUUCUUACUGAACUGAGGGAUAAAGUAAAAGUCUUCCGUACCACUCUUCAGGAGGAAGAACAAGCUAGUAAGCAGAUCAAUCCUAAGCGGCCAAGAGCUAUUUAAGUUUCAGACAGAUUCAGAGGAUUAACUGAUUCUCAAAAUCUUUAUCGCAUAAACUUCCCUACUAAUUUUGAGCUGUGGUCACCAAAAGCCAAUCACUGGAAUGCUAAGAACUUUUGGAACUACAUCAAUUGAAACUUUCUAUCAUUUUACUUGAAUUUUUGUUUUCUGAACACACUCCCAUGGUAUUACUACUAAACAAAUGCUUCUAAUCCAACAGCACAAGUUCACAGGAUUAGGACAUUUCUGAAGUACUUUGAAAAAACUUUUUGGCUUUAGCAAGAAGCUUUGGUCAGAAAAUCUUUGCCAACUUUUUUUUAAAAUGUGUCAAACAACUGUGGAAAGUCUACAUUUAGAUACUCAGUAUUUUUUAUUUUAUUUUUUAAAUUGACGUGGCUACAUUUUGUUACCAUAGCUGGCUGUGCUGUUUGUGUGUUUGCAUGUACGCACAAACAAUUUGUGAUGUGAAGUAAUUUCCAUUAGAGCAGACUGAGCUUGCCCUGUUUUUUUUUUGUGCCUUCUUAGAGGCUAAGUCCCCAAAAUCAGCAGAUGAUCUAACGAUACACACCUCUUACUUCAAUAAAACUUUUUUGUUUUGUGUAAAUUAAUUUAUUGUACUCGUCUUUUUUAUUGUUUUUGAGCCAUCUUUUGUCACAUACGUUUCUAUUAUUUCACAAGAUAUGUGCCAUAUCAUCAACUGAUUUAAAAUGACAUUUGGUUCCAAAAUGUAUAACGGUAUAGAAGUAUAGAUUGACAUUCCACAUAUUUACUUUAUCAAUGAAGUCUUUAAGUAGCUUUUUUUUUUGAAAAAGUGCUCACUUUUUAAAAAAUUGCUGUAAUGUGUUUCACAACAUCUUGAUUUAACAAGUAAGAAUGUUAAAAAUAAAGUAAAAUGAACUUUUGGGAGCAAUUGCACUUGAAACAUCAGUACAUGCACCAGAUGGUUGUUAUCUAAAGUAAAUAGGAUUCAAUUAAAAAGUUUCAGUAUAAUUUUCAAGAUUUCAAUGUGAGCUUUUACUAUUUUUCCUAUGUAAAGGGAAAGUACAUAUUUAAAUGGUAGUGAUUAUUGUAUUAAAAAAAAUUUGGUUUGGAGCAGUGAUGAAAAGGCAGAGCUUGUGAAUUACAGAAUGGAACCGUAUACUGUGAUGUCUCACUGUUCAGAUGAGUACAGAAGACUCGAGAUGGUUUAAGGAAAACUUAGUUAUGCUGACGUUCAUUUAAGUUUAUAUGAAAUCAGUUAAGUACCAAAUUUUUCAAGGUUUCAUUUUAAACGGUUAUAGCCAUUACUACAGUGAUGUCAAUUGAAGAUCAAGUUCAUAUCCACUAAAGAUAGACAUUAAAGUCUGAUCAUUUUUGAGUUUACUUCCUGCAAAUAUCAGAAAAAAUGUUGCUGAAUGUGAAAUAUUUUAAUGCAGCAUUCUUCCACUUAAUGUAAAAUGUGUAUUUAAUGUCUUGUCUGGAAUUCCACCUAAUUCAUACCACAUUGUGGUUUGAUUUGGAAAUAGAAUGACUAUAACAUUUGGAGGGUUUUGAUAGAAUAUUGUUGUUAUUAUAAACUAACUGGAACUUGUGAACACUCAAAGAAGUACAUUAACAUUAGUUUUUAAUCUUCCCUUGAGUAAUCACCCAAUUAAUCAACAUCAAUUGAAAACCCUGUUCUUGGCAUUUCACUUCAUCCCAAUGUGAUAUCAUCAUGAUUUUUAUUUUAAAAAAUUGUUAGAGAAUCUUGGAAUAGUGAGGGCUUGUGCAUCAGAUUUACAUUUAAGUACAUUUUGUGAUGUUUUGCUCUUGAUAAGUUUCUAAAUAGCCUUUUUUGUAAAAUGCCAAACAAAAUUAAAGGAAGCUAAAAAUGGAUGCAUGGGUUUCAU